UUCAAUGACGCACCUGCGGGCCUCACGGUGAUUGGGUGCCAUCGGUUGUCGCGAGGAUGACGUUGCCUGUGGCCUCCACGUCAGCGGGGCUUAAAAUGGCCGAGGCGGAGAGUGAAUCUAAACAACCGCUGUUUUCAGAUUUGGCUGAUGUGUCAAUAUCAAAUGAUGUCCCAGUGGAGGGGCAAAUCACAGUUCCUGUUAAUUCCCAGUCACAGGAAGACGACUAUUCUACUCUGGAUGAACCAGUCAAGGAAACAAUUAUGAGAGAUCUGAAGGCUGUUGGGAAGAAAUUUGUUCAUGUCAUGUAUCCUAGAAAGAGUAGUACUCUCCUUAGAGACUGGGAUCUAUGGGGUCCUCUCAUACUAUGUGUUUUGUUAGCAAUGUUGUUACAGGGGAGCUCUGUUGAAAAUAAAUAUGAUGGAGGCCCACAGUUUGCUGAAGUGUUUGUCAUUGUCUGGUUUGGUGCAGUCAUCAUUACAUUGAACUCCAAGCUGCUUGGUGGCACAAUCUCUUUCUUUCAAAGUCUCUGUGUGCUGGGCUAUUGCAUAUUACCACUCACAGUAGCUUUGAUAAUCUGCUCUCUCAUUCGGCUGGCUCCGCACUCAAGUACAUCAGAAAUCCCAAUAUCAGUGGUCAUAAUUCGCUUUAUUGUUGUGCUGGCUGCUUUUGGCUGGUCAACAUUUGCCUCAACAGCAUUUCUAGCUGAUAGCCAGCCACCUAAUCGCAAGGCCCUUGCUGUUUACCCGAUAUUUCUUUUCUACUUUGUGAUCAGUUGGAUGAUCAUCUCCAAUGCAUCUGCAUGAGAGGCAGUUAUCUUGAAAGUGAGGACGAUGAAAUAUAAGUGAUUUCAAAUCAUUUCUCUAUGGUUUUUGGAGACUGGUUAUUUGAGAGGCAGCUCGCUAUGCAGCAAGGAGAUCAAGAAUCAUUGAUAUUUAGUUUGUAUAUUAUUGAAUGUACAGUGAUUCUUACAAUCUUUAAAAGAGGUGAUUAACUGAACUCUUGUGGACUCUUGGGGAAAUUUAUUAAUUGAAGCUGUGGAAUUGAACUGCAGUUAGAGACUCCUAGAGAUCAGAAUUAUAUUAUUCUUUUGGUUCUAUGCAUAUUAUCUUUUUCCUCAGAUGUGAAGGAAUUUAACAUGAUUUGAAAUCUAGCCCCAAAGCAUUUUAAUUUAUUGUGUUAAUUGAAGGUGUAUUUAAAAAGAUUGAUUUAAAUUUUCUGUAGGAAUUUUCUUGGAGAUUUCCCAAAAUACGUUACAAGUUAAACAUAAAGAUAAUUAAGAUACAAGUUUCCAUCGUGAUCCAAACUAAGGUAACUAACUGACUGCAGCUGAUAUACCAGUAUGUAGUAUUAUUGGCCUUGCAGUGAAUAACUAAAUAGUGGGAAGUCGUCCAUAAUUAGUUUAACAUCUAGUGAUAUCAAUGAUCUAAGUGUUGGGAUAGGGUUUGAAAAGUGAUAAAUCUGGUAAGCAUUACUACCUUAGUUCAUACACAGAAUGGAAAUUUUUACAAUGAGUUGGAGGAUCUUGGUUGCACAUGUUAUAUCCUGUGAAUAUUUGGUGCCUUCUAAGGAUGGAUAAAUGGAGAAUGGAGCUUUUCAUUUGGAGGUGCCAUUGUGGAUGGGAUGGGAGCAAGGAUGAAAAAGUAUGAACUUUUCCUGGAUACAGAGCCAGGUUAAAUAAUUGGAAUGGAGGUUUUAUUCAACACCAAUGGAAUAGAAAUUGGAAAAUUUCAUCAUCCUUGCCUUCAUGGAUUGGAAUUUUUAAAAAUCUGUACAAUUUUAGACAUACAAUUUAAUUGUCAUCUCUUCUGAAUCAAGUGAAAGUUCUCUCAGAUGAGAACCUUGAAUAAUAUAGAGCAAAACCUACUCCACUGGUCCAAUAAAACCAUUUUGUUGGCAUUUUUUAAGACAGUUGUGCUGGUUUAGAAAAGAAAUCACUGAAAGUUUUUCCUUUCACUUAUGGGGUCACAGUGAAGAACUGAGUAACACACCCAUCAUGCAUUAAUGGUUUACAAGUCACGUCUUCUUGUUGCAAGGAUCAAUGUUUAAUUAGUAUUGGGGUGCCAAUUCAGUAUCUCAACUUCAUGAGUAAAGCACAAUGCUAAUCUAACUUUGAAGUUGGAACUUCGUCAGAGAUUUUGGGAAUGAGAGAAAUGCCACACAGAUACAAGACAUCUCUGAACUGUGUUGUUAGAGCAGAACAAGUCUGAUGUAGGAGAUUCUAAGAUAUGAAAUGGAAGUUUUAUCACUUCCUUCAUUAGUGUACAAAAUGGGCCAUAUGUUAACAUUCCUAACUAUUUUCUAGAACAUACACUACAUGUUUUGAUUGUAUGCAUUGAUUUAUUUUGUCAGUUGUUUCAGUAUUCUAUAGGCACUAAAUAGCAAUGUCUUGUUAAUUACUAAUAUCAGAAUAAUUUGGAACGGGGAAGCUUGGUGAGUAAUGUAGGGAUUGUUAAAUUUUCUUGCAGCUGAACUACUGAAGGAUGUAGAAAUGGCAAACUCCUAAUAGAAAGGAACAUACCAUAUAAGGACACAAUUAAAAAAUGUUUAAAAGUACAUCACGGUUGUUAAAUAAACAAAUUAUUUGUUUUCAUUCUGCCAUUGUAUGUUGAAACAUAAAAAAACUGUGCUCUAAAUGUAUUAGUAAAUCCUCAACUGAAGUAUAGACAACUGGAAUAUGGACACUCCAGACAGGAAUAAUAUGAAGGCCUUUGAAGGGAUACAGAGGAAUAUAUCUGGAUGUUUCCAAAGAAUAAAUGAUUUAACCCGUGGGAAGUUGGAAACCUUAAGGCAGGCAAAGUUACAAGACAGCCUAUUAAAUGUUUUUUAAGAUGAUCUCUGUUUUGAUGGAAUUAGUGGAGGAAAAAAAUGGUUAGGAUGUCAAAGAUUAAAAUUCAAUGCCAAAAUGUCUAGAGGGGAUUAGGAAGGACAUGUUAUUUGGAUCUCGAAUACUUUAUGUAAAAUGAUAAUAGAUCUUACUUCUAAAAUAUGUUUUAAGAAGUGUUAGUUAGCUACUUGGUAAUGAGGAAAUAAGGUAAAGAUCAAAAACGGCUGUUGGAAUAAGCAUGAUGCUUCUUCAACAGUCCACUGGCACGUCUCCUUUCUACAUAAUUCCAUAAUCUCUAAAUUUGUAUAGAUCUAACUUUAGAACAGAGACAUGGCAACAUAGGAAGAAAGCUCAUAACUAGAGUUACAUUCCUUUGGAGGGUAUAAAACCUCUAUUCCCUGAAACCUGUCAAUGUGUGGAAAACAGCUAAUUGAAUGUAUGUUGUUAAUCAAGAGCUUGGAAACUAGAAAGGUCCAUUACAUCAAUUUUUUUUAACUUGAUGAACUCCAAAUUAAUUAACAUUCUUGUUUAGCAGAACUCUGACCUUCAUCUUCAAUAGUUCAACAGUAUUUUUUAGGAGAGAGAUCCAGAUAUCCCCUUUGCUUUACAUGGGAGAAAGAAACAGCUUUCUUAGUUCAAUCCAAAUCUAAUGUCUUUUUUUACCAUAUUGGAAUUUUAAAUGAAACUUAAAGGUAAAUUUCAAUAUUUUCCUGGUUACAUGGCAGAAAAGCCUACACUUUAAUAGUCCAAGCCCAACUGAAUAGUAAUAAAAUGUAUUUAAAAAGGAAGUUCUCAUGAAGUAACCCCUUAAUUUGAUAUAAUUUUGAUGGGUGUACAUUCCUGGAAGCUCAUAUCUGCUUGCUCCUUAAGAGUUUUUAAUUUCACUCAUCUAAAAUAUCUUCGUUGUCUCUUGGCUCCAGUUAUAAAUGUUUUUGAAUUACAAAGUUUUGCUUAGUGGAAAUCAGGAUUUCUCUCCCUAAAAACCCCUACUGAAUUGUUAAAGAUGAAGGUCAGCAAAGCUUUGUUAACCGAGAAUGUUAACUGUGUCACUGAAUAUUUGUGAUCACAAUGAUGUUAAAGACUUAGAAUUGACGGUAAAUAAUAAAAUAUUUUUGCUCUUAAUGCCA